CAAAUCUCAAAAGGGUCUUUCUGUGGAUUCUCUGUCAUCGUGUUUUUUGGGGGGUAGGGGGCUGAUUUUGAUUUCAAUGAGGCAGCCAGGCAAAGGGGCGUGGGCAAUGGGGCCGGUAGGGAAAGUUAAAUGUUUUCAAAAGGAGGCUAAAACAGUUUGGAGAGCAGCAAGGAUGGAGGAGGUGUAGCUUUUCUUUGAGUUGCAUUUUUCGGAUUGGAGGACUGCAUUUAAUGAAAAAUAGGACCAAUUGUUUUGACAUCUGAUGAGUUAUACAUUCGUUCACUUUCAACUUCACUGCACAAUGAUUUUUGCUGACAAUAUACUGAGUAAUUGCUUCUUUGACUAAUGUUAGGUGUCACAGGAGCCAUGGCAACGACAGCUCUGACCGGCUUCUCUAUGAUGAGCAUGCUCAGCCUCGGGUACCUGACCUGGGACCUGAUGGGUCCUAACCAAGUGGAAAACGAGCCAGUUCAAACUUUCGAUGGCUCGUCUCCUGUUCCGCAGCGUCCUCACAUCAUUUUCAUCAUGACGGACGAUCAGGGAUUCAACGACAUCGGCUACCACAACUCUGACAUCAGAACACCGGCGCUGGAUAAACUGGCUGCAGACGGAGUGAAGCUUGAGAAUUAUUACAUCCAGCCCAUCUGCACGCCCUCCCGCAGUCAGCUCAUCACCGGCAGGUACCAAAUUCACACUGGCCUGCAGCACUCCAUCAUCCGGCCCCGCCAGCCCAACUGCCUGCCCUUUGACCAGGUCACCAUGCCCCAGAGACUGCAGGAGCUCGGCUACUCCACCCACAUGGUUGGCAAGUGGCACCUGGGCUUCUACAAGAAGAAGUGCCUGCCCACUCGCAGAGGCUUCGACACAUACUUUGGCUCCUUGACGGGCAGUGUGAACUACUACACUUACAACUCCUGUGACGGACCCGGGCUGUGUGGUUUUGACCUCCUUGCGGGGGAGUCGGUGGCGUGGGAUCAGAGGGGCAAAUACUCCACCCAUCUCUACACACAGAGAGUUCGCAAGAUCCUGGCCACUCACGAUCCUCAGUCGCAGCCACUGUUCAUAUUUCUCUCUUUCCAAGCAGUUCACACACCCCUGCAGUCUCCGCGCGAGUACAUCUACCCGUACCGCGGGCUGGAAAACGUGGCACGCAGGAAAUAUGCCGCUAUGGUGUCUGCUGUCGAUGAGGCCGUACACAACAUAACAUAUGCCCUCCGCAAGUACAGCUACUACAAGAACAGUGUCAUCAUCUUCUCCACGGACAACGGGGGGCAGCCUUUGUCCGGCGGCAGUAACUGGCCGCUCAGAGGACGCAAAGGCACCUACUGGGAAGGCGGCAUACGUGGUCUGGGGUUCGUACACAGCCCUUUGUUGAGGAAGAAGAGAAGAGUGAGUAAAGCCUUGGUGCAUAUUACUGACUGGUACCCCACACUGGUGGGGUUAGCAGGUGGCAACGAGUCCCUGACAGAGGGGUUGGAUGGGUAUGAUGUUUGGGGAGCCAUCAGUGAGGGGAAGGAGUCCCCCAGGUUGGAGAUCCUCCACAACAUUGACCCUCUGUAUAACCAUGCACGCAGUGGCUCCCUGCAGAAGGGAUACGGGAUUUGGAAUACAGCGGUUCAGGCCUCCAUAAGAGCGGGAGACUGGAAACUCCUCACAGGAGACCCCGGCUACGGAGACUGGACACCGCCGCAGAUGCUUUCGGGUUUCCCCAGCAGCUGGUGGAACCUGGAGCGUCACACUGAACCCCAGAAGUCGAUCUGCCUUUUCAACAUCUCCGGCGAUCCCUACGAACGCUUCGACCUCUCCGAGCAGAGACCAGAUGUUGUGAAAGAGCUGCUGGCUAGACUGGCAUUCUACAACCGCACUGCGGUGCCGGUAAGGUACCCAUCAGAGGACCUACGGGCCGCUCCCCACCUGAAUGGAGGGGCCUGGGUGCCCUGGGUGGGAGACAUGGAGGAGGACAGAUGGGACACUGUUUAUCCAAAAAAGAACAGAGAUUGGAAGAAUAAGCUGAAACAAUCCAAUAGCAGGUCGUUUUUCAGAAGACUCAACACUAGGAUCAUGUCCAACAGGAUAUAGAAGGAAAAUGACUGACAGAAGUUCAGAGGAGGCAUUUAUGAAGAAAUAUGUGUUUUGGUUGAACAAAGAAGCUGCAGUUACGGAGUUUUAACUGUUGUAAACACCCAAUUAGAGUAGUAAUUGUUCAACUGGGUUGUAUUAAUUUUGAAUAAAAUGUGUUUCCCUGAAUUGAAUAUUCUGUGAUGAUAGUGAGAGUUGAUUUCAUCUUAGGUUUUUAUACACUCGUAUAAUCAAACGUGUGUGAGACAGAGACACAUGCGAGAAAGGAUUGUACUACCUACCUUACCAGAAAUGUGUUGAGUAUUUGAAGACAAGGUGACAAGGAGAAAUCCUCUGGAAACAUGUGUAACUCCAACAUAAAAGAUGACCUCCAUCUCGAUGCCUAUUUUUCUUUUUACAUUUUGGCUAAUUUGCAUUCACUAAAGAUUGUUCAGACGAAAGAAAGAAAAAAUAUCUAAAUUACACACUAGGGUGAGUUUGAAUUCUCACUUCUUUUUUCCCAUAAGUACUUAUCUGAAAACGUUGCCUUGGUUAAUACACUGUGGUUGAAACGUGAUGAAACUGACCAGGUUAAAAGGACGUUAGCUAAUUUAAAAGACAUUCAGUUUCACAUAUUUGAUUUCAACACAAAAGAAGAUUUCGUUAGAUGCUGCCAGUAUUUCCCAAGAUCAACAUACUGCACUACAAGGGAUAAUUCAGUAACCAAGCUACAUAUAGUAUUUCGUACAUUUUUUUUUAUGACCGCUAUCUCACUUUUAUCUCACAUCUGUUUGCUUAUUUAUACUUUACCAGUUGUGUGUGUCAUAGUGAAUUGCAUGUUAUUUGGUGUUGUUAAGCCACUUUUAGAUCACGGAUGUAAAAAGACCUGAAAAGGAAAAAGCUUAGCAAAAAACAGACCACUUUGAAAAAAUGAUGGACUGUAAAUAUUUAUGUACAAUGUGUAAGUAAAAUCUUACACAAUCUAAAAUGUAGAAUGGAUGAGUGAUCACCAUUUGGUUGGUUAACAGCGACAAGCUGAGUACAGAAUUAGCAAUAUGUAUUGGUAUCAUAGUGGGCCUAAAAACUUGCCACUCUGUCAUGGCUCAAUGCUUUCAUGGGGCCCUACACGCUGCCAAUUGAGUUUGAAAUGAGAAGUGAAACUAUUUCCCGUGAUACCUAACCACCAACUGCGUACUGUUUCCUGUCAGUAUAUGUGACAACCUCAGCUUCUCACCCCUCUUUUGCUUCUGUAGAUUUAACUGUGAUAUUCUGCAGUUGUGUAUUUUCUUUAAAAGUUAGAGUUAUUGUAGAGGAUUAAGGAGUAUGGAGGCAGUGAUUCUUCUUUUGGUGAUGUUAGCUGGAGUAUCGAAUGCUUUCCUUCAGGCUGGUGAGACUAAAUGCAACAUCACACCAAACUCAUCUCUGUGCUCCGUUGCUCUCGGUGGAUCUGUGAGCCUCCAACUGAUGACCAACGCCAGCGGCCGUCGCCUGGACUUUAAGAAGAAGCUCCCUACUGGAUUCAUGAAUGUUUUCUCUCUGAAGAAAGGCAAGGUGACUGUACAGGAGCCUUACAGAAACAGGACAGAGUUCCUCAUCAGCAGCGGGACACUCAAGAUGA